AGCCAAAGUGGCUCGAGCCAGAGCGGCCCCAGGUCUCAGACAGGGCAUCACGCAGCCUCGCGGCCCGGCCGGGAUGGCCGAUGACGAGUGCCGAGGCGGCGCCGGCUGCGCGGGGCUCCGAGCUCAGGAUCGGACCUCGACACUGCCGGGCUUCGAGGAGCAAGCUGGGCCACUUUCCCGGCUCACCCUGAGCUGGUUCACCAGACUUCUGCGGAUGGGCGUGACGAAGCAGCUCCAGCAGGAGGAUCUGGGCCGACCGCAUCCCGCGGACGAGGGCGUCGGGAAUUAUGUCAGGAUGCAGGAGCUUUGGGACCAGGAGGUGAAUCAGCACGGCUUGGAGUGUGCCCGGGUCGGGCGCGUGCUCUUUCGUUUUGUGGGCCGCCGCAACGUGUGGUUGUUGACCAUAUGCGCCUACACGUCCGUGGCAUGCUUGACGGUGCAGCCGAUCUUGACCAAGAUGUUGUUGCGGUGGUUGGAGGGCUCUCUCACGAUGAGCGUCGUGAGCCAGUGGCUGUUGGUGCUCGCCAUCUUGGGGUCUCCGUUGCUUGGGGCCGGCAUCCAGGCGCACAUGAACAUGAUAUCAAGCCGUAUCGGCAUGCACCUCUAUGCGGCUUUGACCAUGAUGGUGUAUCGCAAGUCGCUUAAGCUCAGCUCCCAGGCGCGCAACUCUGCGAGCACAGGGCGCCUCGUGAAUCUGAUGAGCAACGACGCUGGCACGGUCAUGGAGCAGGCGGUGCGCGUAGUGGGUCCCAUGCUGACGGCCUUGCCACAGUUGGUGAUCGUGCUUGUGAUGCUAUUCACUGAGAUCGGGAUCUCGAUGCUGACGGGCUUUGGAUUUGCACUCUUCAGCGUGCCCCUCGCCAUCUUGAUAUUCAAGAAGAUUAGUGAGUUUUAUGGCUUGGCCGCACAGGAGACCGACCAGAGGCUGAAGCUCGUAAACGACCUUUUCACUGGCAUUCGCGUUGUGAAGGCAUACGCUUGGGAGAAGGCGUUCCUGCGCGUCAUAGGGGAUACUCGGGCGAAAGAGCUACAUUUCAUUCGGAGGCAUGCCUAUUGGUCAAUGGUUGGCAUGAUGUGCGUCUACAUGCAGCUCCCGGCAUUUAUGCAGCUCGUCGUCUAUUCGACGUACGUUGGGCUGGGUGGUGAGUUUUCAGCCUCGCGAAUUUUUACCGCGAUCCAGCUGUUCCAGCUCUUGCAGCAGCCGCUCACGCAGUUGCCUGGCGCAUUGACACAGAUUGCGCAGCUCAUGACCGCUACGCAGCGGCUGGGUGCCUUCUUUCGACUGCACGAGCUGGCAGACCCUGCCCACGACGAGAGCGCGCCACCCGCCUCGGGCGAGCCGGCUGUGACAAUCUCGGGGGACGCAAUUUUCGUCUGGGAGUCCCAGCACGUCCAGUCAUGGCGCCUCGGACUGCCCAAGAGCACGGCGGAGAAGAGGCAGGAAAUGAAGGCGACGAAAGAAGCAAGAAAGCAGCUGAAGCAGGAAUCUGACGAGGUGGCAAAUGCGGCGGAGCUGCCUCGGACGCCGGCUGAUGCAUCGGCGGUUGGGAAUCCCUCCCACGGCUUCGAACUUAAACAGGUGGACUUGCGCAUCGAGCAGGGCGAGCUGGUGGCCUUUGUGGGCCCUGUGGGCAGUGGUAAGAGCAGCUUGAUCAGUGCAAUCCUCAACGAGAUGACUAUAACGGCUGGCCGCGUGGCGCUGCGCGGGAGCGUUGCGUACGCGAGCCAGGUGCCAUGGAUACAGAAUGCGACGGUGCGUGACAACAUCCUCUUCGGAUUGCAUUACGACGCGGCUUGGUAUUCAGAGGUCUUGGACGUGUGCGCGCUCACCGAAGACCUGUCCUUGCUUGCGAGCGGAGACCAGACCGAGAUCGGCGAGCGCGGCAUCAAUCUGAGCGGGGGGCAGAAGGCGAGAGUGAGCAUAGCGAGGGCAGUCUAUUCCCGGGCGGACAUCAUCUUGUUGGACGAUCCCCUGGCCGCCGUGGACAGGCACGUUGGGGACGUCAUCUUCGAGCGAUGCGUGCGCAGGGCGCUGAAGGGCAAGACUGUCAUCCUCGUGACCAAUCAGCUCGAGCGCCUAGAACGCGUGGACCGCGUGGUCGUUCUCAGGGACGGCUCCAUCACCGAGUCUGGGACGCACGCUGAGCUCAUGCAGGCGCGCGGCGACUUCGCCGACCUGAUGGAGCGGCAGGGCAUCGCCGAGCCCAGCGCAGACACGGCUGCUGCCGAAGAAGCAACGGCGGCUGCCGAGGCGAAGCCGCGAGGCGCCGCCCUGGGCACUGCGCCCCGGAAGAGCAGAGACGGCGCGGUUUCCGCUGCGCGCAUCACGGAGGAUGAAAGUCGGGAGGUUGGGUACGUGAACUGGAGCGUGUACGCUUGGUUCAUUCGGCAGUGCACCAGGUGUCUCUUUGGACUGCUCGUCUGCGGCAGCAUGCUGCAGACAUCCUUCCCGAUCGUUGGGGUCUUCCUCCUGGCCCAGUGGACGGAGGACGUGCGGCUGAGGGGCCCCUCAAUGGAAGUGAAUCGGCAAUGGCUCUCGCUCUACGCUGCGAUGCUCGUGGGCGGCUUGUUGUCCUCGAUGUUCUCCGGCGUGUGCAGCGCAGAGAUGCGGGUGAUCGCCGCGAGGCGCAUCCACACCAUGCUCCUAAGGACGAUGUCACGAGCGCCAGUCGCAUUCUUUGAUGUGACGCCGCUCGGUCGUAUUCUGAAUCGUUUCUCCAAAGACAUGCUGCAAAUUGACAUGACGCUCGCGAUGAUGCUCUCGUGGGCCAUUGUGCUUGCCAUGUUUGUUGUAACCUCCUGCCUGGCGGUUGUCGUCUCUACGCGAGGCUGGAUGCUCCUGCUCAUGGUGCCCGCUGGCGCAGGGUACCUCCGUAUCUUCCGUUUCGUGAGGCACUCCGCCAUCGAGAUUCAGCGGCUUGAGUCCAUCUCGCGCUCCCCGCUAGCCUCCACCUUCCAGGAAGUGCUGGCCGGGCUCACCACCAUCAGGGCGUACCGGCAGCAGGGCCGCUUCCAGGCGCUGAACGCGACGAUGGUGAACCAGAAUGUUGUGCCAUUCUUCUUGUCGAAGUCAGCGCAGGCUCAGGAGGGGGAAAAACACAGACACGAUGAAUCGCCGACUCCCAGAGGGAUAUAGGAAAAUAUGGGAAGUGGGGGGAAGACGAAACUCCAAAGAAUAUGUGAAAAUAUGGGGAAUCCUGGGAUUUGUGUCUAUUUGUUUGUGCAUCCUUGGGCCCCUUUACAGGCCGCCUGGCUCACUCUCCGCCUCAACUGCGUGGGCGCCUUGGCUUCAGGCUGCUGCGCAGCCUACGCCGUCAUGUCUGAGCAUCUGGGGGUCAAGCAGAGUGCCGGACUGGCUGGCGUGGGCCUCACGUACAGCAGCCAGAUAUCCCAGAUGAUGAUGUUUUUGAUCAUGAUCGUGAUAGGGGUGGAGACGAUGAUGAACUCCGUGGAAAGGGUCAAGGAGUACAUCCACACGGUGUCGCCGGAGGAGGACCGCAGCGCGGCCGACGCGCCCUCGGGCAGCGAGGAGCGGCCCAGCCAGGCGUGGCCCAGCGAGGGCAGCAUCACGUUCCACCAGCUCGUGACCGGCUACCGGGACGGGCCCGACGUGCUGCACGGCAUCAGCGCGUGCAUUGCGCCCUGCGAGAAGGUGGGCGUCGUCGGCAGGACAGGCUCUGGCAAGUCGACCAUCAUCCUGUCCAUCUUCCGGCUCAUCAAGCCGCGCUCGGGCUCCAUCGCGAUCGACGGCGUGGACCUCACGACGGUGAGCCUGGAGCAGCUCCGGAGCCGCGUCGGGCUCAUUCCGCAAGAUCCUGUGCUCUUCACGGGCUCUGUGCGUUACAACCUCGACCCUUUUUCGGAGGCCACGGACGCACGGCUCUGGGAGGUGUUGGAGCAGGUGCGCAUGAACGGUGUAGUGGAGCGCUUGGCGAACAAGCUGGAGCAGCAUGUGCAGGAAGGUGGAGACAACUUCUCCGUGGGGGAAAAGCAGCUGUUCUGCAUCGCGAGGGCUCUGCUGCGCGACCCUCGUGUCCUCUGCCUGGAUGAGGCCACGGCGAGCCUAGAUAGCGACACCGACGCCAUGCUCCAGGAUAUGAUUCGGCGUCUCUUCCAGCAGAAGACCGUGAUUACGAUCGCUCACCGCCUGGAGACCAUCAUGGACAGUGACAGAAUCCUUGUGCUGCAAGCCGGUCGCAUCGCCGAGGUCGGCUCCCCGCUGAUGCUCCUCCAGGCAACAGGCGGAGUCUUCAGUGGUAUGGUGCAGGCCGGCAACGCUCAACAUCUCCGUGCUAUCGCGACCGUCGGCUAUUUGAACGCCAACCGCCAAACUUGCCCGCCUCCCGAAGAAGAUGCGGCAAGCCUGUGAGAUGACGCAUGGGUGGAGGGUCAGAAGCAGCUGAUUCGUUACCCAGAGUUGGUGGUUGCAGUGCGUGUCCCCACUGCAGGGGAGUGCAAAUGUGCACCGUCCACUGCCGACGCCACUCUUAAUCAUGUUUUGCGCUGUUUCUUCUUUCCGCCAGACCGCCAGGCCCCCUACAGGUGCAAAUCGGGCUGAGGGGCUGGCCGCGGACGUUGCCGGCAGGCGCCGCACCAAUGAGCUUCCUGCUGCCUGCUGGGUGCGUCAAACGAAAGAGCUGGAUCACGCGCCUCC